AUGGAAAUGGGGAACAAAACGACUGUCCAAGAAUUCACUUUGGAGGGGUUUCCUACUGUUCAGCAUCUGGGAAAGGUUCUCUUCCUGGUGCACCUGCUGGCAUACCUGGCAUCCAUGGCAGGCAAUGCGGUCAUAGUCACCAUCACUUGUAUUGACUCCAGACUCCAGACACCAAUGUACUUUUUCCUCAGCGUUUUCUCCUUCAUGGAAUGCUGCUUCACAAGUACGGUAAUUCCAAAAUUGCUGGUCAUCUAUCUUUUAGGGAGACAAACAAUUUCCUUUGUUGCCUGUUUCAUACAAGCCUUUGUCUUUACUUUUCUGGGAGCAGCAGGUUUCAUUCUUAUGGCAGUGAUGUCUCUGGAUCGGUACAUGGCCAUUUGCAGGCCUCUGCACUACCCGACUAUUAUGAACUUGAAAAAUUGUGUCAUCCUGAUUGCUUCCUGCUUUACUCUAGGCUUUAUUUCUAUCACUGGCAUGGUGGUGAAGGUUUCUCAGUUAACCUUCUGUGGUCCCCAAGUCAUUCCUCAUUUCUUCUGUGAUAUCGGCCCCCUGAUCCAUCUCUCCUGUUCUGACACCAGAUCUGUUGAAAAGAUAACAUUUGUCCUUACCUCGAGUGUCCUUUUGACAUGCUUCAUCAUAACUGUCAUCGCAUACAGCAACAUAGUAGUCACAAUCAUUCGUCUUCCAUCAGCCAAGGAAAGACAGAAAGCUUUCUCCACCUGUUCAUCUCACCUCAUUGUUCUCUCUCUGAUGUAUGGCAGUUGUUUUUUUAUCUAUGUGAAGCCAAAGCAAACAAACAGGCUGGAAUCCAACAGGGAGGCUGCCCUUGUGAACACAGUGGUGACUCCACUGCUGAACCCCGUCGUCUACACUUUAAGGAACAAGCAGGUUCACCAAGCUCUGAGGGAGAAAAUGGGUAGAAUAAAAAUGUCAACAUAA